GAGCUAACCCCAUCCGCCCGCCCAUGAACCCACCCACACCGUGAAUAAUUGCUACUUCGUAUACUUAUUUAACGCAAUCACACACUUUGUCGACGUAGUUUUGUCACAAGCGAGGGUGAAUGUCGCCCGAGCUAGCCAGGAAUGAGCCGAGGCGGCAUCGGCUGGAGGUCAGGGACCGAGAUUUGAGAGCGCAGUUCGGUGAGGAGUUGACAACAGCAGGGGCUGGAGAAUAACCAACUUCUGGGAGAGUUGCGACAGCAGAAGGCGAGUCUGGCCACUACGGGUGACCUGCACAGUGCCAGGUCAGCCACCGUCGACGAAGCCACCUGCUGGUGGCCACGAUUGUGGUCCAUUGAGUGAAGUCCUGCACUUAUGGCCAGCGGUGGAGUUCCCAACGAGAACCUCCCCACCUACAAGGUGGUGGUAGUGGGCGAUGGUGGCGUGGGCAAGAGCGCGCUCACCAUCCAAUUCUUCCAAAAGAUCUUUGUGCCGGACUACGACCCCACCAUCGAGGACUCGUACAUUAAGCACGCAGAGAUUGACGGACAGUGGGCCAUCCUGGACGUGCUGGACACAGCCGGGCAGGAGGAGUUCAGCGCCAUGAGGGAGCAGUACAUGCGCACGGGCGACGGUUUCCUCAUCGUAUACUCGGUGACGGAUAAGGCGAGCUUCGAGCAUGUGGAACGAUUCCACCAGCUCAUCCUGCGCGUCAAAGACAGAGAGUCAUUUCCCAUGGUCCUUGUGGCUAACAAGGUGGAUCUGCUGCAUCUAAGAAAAAUCUCCACGGAGCAGGGCCAGGAGAUGGCAAGCAAGUACGAUAUUCCAUACAUUGAGACAAGUGCCAAGGAACCUCCCUUAAAUGUGGACAAGGCGUUUCACCAGCUGGUCAGAGUCAUACGCAGGUGCCUGAGCACGACUGCAAGAAGAAAAAGAAAGAGAAGUGGAGAAGGGAGCGAGUGAGAGGGUCCAGGAUCAAGUGUGCCACGUCCUAGCGUGGCACCCAUGGACAGCCGAGCCUCAUUGCCACGCGACAUCGCUAAGCUAAUAAUGCCACGCUGGUGGCCUUUGGAAAAUUGCACUGCGGCGUGAUGUGGGGGAAAAAAAUUAGAUGUUAUUGCACUAGUAACCUGUACACGAGAGGACUGUCGAUGCUGAAAAUAUAUGGUGAUGAUGGCACUGUCCUGGGGGAACGGUCACACCCUUGCACGAGCUGCACCACCCUUGACAACACAGCAGCAGAGGUGUUGAUGCCUGCAAGGUUCAGCAUUUUUCGUUUUUCAAGAAAUGCUUCACACCAACAUUAUGUAAACUCCUCCCCCCCCCCACCCCCACCGUGCCGGUUCAGUACAUCAUUUUAUGCUAAUUCCUUUGUCAAGGCGUUUUUUGUUUC